AUGUACGGCGGAACAAAGGGCGAUAUGAGCUCAGAAGCAGCAGCGGCGCCGUAUGGCGAGGAUGAGAAGAAGACGGUCGACUCCAUCAGCGCCACCGCCCCGAUAGAGGACGAUAUCGACGUUGGGGAUGCCACUUACCAGAAGAAGGCGCAUUUGUUGAAUAUGGCGAUUCAAGAAGUUGGAAUGGGUCGGUAUCAAUGGGGGCUGUUCAUCGUUACUGGAUUUGGAUACUUUGCAGACAAUCUUUGGCCAAUCGUCACUGGGUUGAUUCUGCCACCUGUCGUAAACGAAUUCCAGUUUGACGGACCGUUUAUCAAACUCGGUCAAAACAUCGGGCUAUUAGUUGGAGCAGCAUUUUGGGGCGUAGGGGCCGACCUCUGGGGCCGAAGAAUUUCAUUCAACAUAACGCUUUUCAUCGUCGGUGUAUUCGCUGUCGCCGCUGGUGCUUCUCCGAAUUUCGUUGUGUUAACAUCACUUGCAUCUGUGUGGUCCGUCGGUGUUGGCGGUAACUUACCGGUCGACUCGGCGAUCUUCCUAGAAUUUGUCCCUGCGACCCACCAAUACCUCCUGACAGUCCUCUCGAUUUGGUGGGCCUUUGGCCAACUUAUAGGCAGCCUCGUUGCCUGGCCUCUGAUCGGAAAUUUCUCCUGCCCAACUGUCAACGCCUCUAAUACAUCUUGCCCUCGAUCAGAGAACCAAGGUUGGCGUUACUUCCUGUACACUAUGGGCGGGCUCAUGCUCCUUCUCUGGGGCAUUCGAUUCUUUGUCUUCACGCUCUACGAGAGCCCGAAGUACCUCAUGGGUCGUGGGCGAGAUGAGAAGGCGGUAGACGUCGUCCAUAAAGUCGCAAAGCAUAAUGGCAAAGAGUCGACUUUGAGCGUGGAGGAUCUGACUGCGCUUGGAACGUACGGAAAAAGCGAAAAAGAAAAGGUCCGUUCUGGACAGACCGCGUUGGAUACAGUGAAGGCGAAGAUGGCCAUCUUCGAUACGAAUCACGUUAAGCCGCUUUUUGCGACACGAAAGCUCGCCUGGUCGACUAGUUUGUUGAUCGUCCUCUGGGCGCUGAUUGGACUUGCAUUUCCGCUGUACAACGCUUUUGUCACUUACUAUCUUGAAACCCGCGGAGCAGACUUCGGUGACGGAUCUACUUAUAUCACGUACCGCAAUCAAGUCAUACUCAGCGUGAUUGGCGUUCCUGGAGCCCUCUUGGCCGGGUAUAUGGUCGAAUUACCGCUGUUAGGCCGAAGAGGGACGUUAGCGAUAUCAACGAUCCUGACGGGGGUCUUUAUUCUCGUAUCGACGACCGCACGAACCUCCAACGCACUCCUCGGCUGGAAUUGUGCAUACAGUUUCACGAGCAAUGUCAUGUACGGGGUGCUCUACGCCAUCACCCCCGAGCUAUUCCCAACGAAGGAUAGAGGCACCGGGAACGCGAUAACCGCCACAGCGAAUCGCAUAUUUGGCAUCAUGGCCCCUAUCAUCGCGUUGUAUGCUGAUAUCAGCACCUCGGUGCCGAUCUUCAUCGCAGGCGCCAUUUUCCUGGUCGCCGGGUUUGUCGCGCUCUUACUUCCUUACGAGUCGAGAGGCAAAGCGUCGAUGUAA